GGAAGCGCGUGCGACCCUAUGAGGCGGCGCAGAACAACCCCGAGGAAGAGGCCGCAAUCGUGAGACAAACACCUCAUCCUUCUACACCAAGUUACUGCCACUGGCCCGAAAACACUUUCCCUCCCGGCAGCGCCCUCAGCUUCCCGAAGCCAGGCUUCCCAGUGACGUCGUUCCAGGUACUUCCGGUUUCCGGCUCGCGGUCUUCAACUCACCCUGCCUGGCCACCCUGGGCUGCUGAUGAAGGAAGUGGGGGGCCAGGAGGAAGCAGCAGGCAGCUCUGUCAGUCAUCAUGGGCAUCAGAGGACUCAUGAGUUUCGUGGAAGAUUACAGUAAUGAGUUCUUCACUGAUCUGAAACUGAGGGACACAAAAAUUAUCAUCGAUGGCUAUUCUCUUUUCCAUCGACUUUGCUUCAAUUCAAACUUGGAACUCCGGUAUGGAGGGGACUACGAUUCAUUUGCAGACGUUGUACAGAAAUUCUUUGAGUCACUGUUUGCUUGUCAUAUCUGUCCCUAUGUUGUACUAGAUGGAGGAUGUGACAUUUCAGAUAAGAAGCUCACAACCCUGAAGGAUCGAGCUAGAGAGAAGAUCCAGGCGGCCCAUUCCCUUUCUGUCGGCGGGGGUGGGAAUGUGUGUCCCUUACUCAUCCGAGAAGUGUUUAUACAGGUUUUGAUCAGGCUUAAAGUACGUUUUGUCCAGAGCUUCUCGGAAGCAGAUCGGGACAUCAUGACACUUGCCAAUCACUGGAAUUGCCCUGUGCUAUCAUCAGACAGUGACUUUUGCAUUUUUGACCUGAGAAGUGGGUUUUGCCCACUGAAUAGUUUUCAGUGGAGAAAUCUGAACACUGUUAAGAAUACACGGGAUUACUAUAUUUCUGCCAAAUGCUUUUCCCUUGAUGCAUUCUGCCAUUACUUCAGCAACAUGAACAAGACUCUCCUACCUCUCUUUGCGGUGCUGUGUGGAAAUGACCACGUUAAUCUGCCCAUCAUAGAGACAUUCAUCAGUAAUGCACGGCUUCCUCCUAGUUCUAAGGGGAAGAGAUAUCACCGAGUUCUGGGACUUCUGAACUGGUUGUCUCACUUUGAUGACCCCGCUGAAGCACUAGAGAAUGUCCUGAAGUAUCUCCCCAGAAAGGGCCGAGAAGAUGUUAAAGAACAUCUCUGCAGUUCCAUGGAGGAGUACCAGCCGUCCCAGGUGAAGCUGCAGGACUUCUUCUACAAUGGUACUUCUGUCUGUCCAGAUGCUUUGAAUCUGGGCUUACCAGAGUGGGUACUAGUAGCCUUAGCCAAAGGCCAGCUUCCACCUUUCAUCAGUGAUGCUUUGGUGCUUCAGAGGACCUUUCUUCACACACAGGUAGAAAACAUGCAGCGACCAAAUGCCCACAGAAUAUCUCAGCCCAUCCGGCAAAUCAUCUAUGGGCUUCUUUUGAAUACCUCAUCACAUCCAGAAGGUAUAUCCCAGAAUGCAGCGCCUUCUCAGCCUCCAGCUUUCAAUGAAGUGGAAAGAAUUGAUAAAAAUAUCAAAACAUCGGUUGUUUAUGCAAAACAUCUGCUCAAGAAUCAUUCUGACUUGAGCAAAUUGACUGAGCUCCCCUUGGCUAGGCGGCAGAUGCUUCUGUUAGAAGCCCUGAAGGUCAAACAAGUUGUCCUGGAGGCCAUCCCUACUUUGCUGAAGUUGCCCAUUGCUGUCACUUGUUACUGGUUGCAGUCCACAGAGGCCAAGGCAAAGCUCCAUCAUCUGCAGGCCUUACUGCUGGGGAUGCUGAUGGAGCCCUUGCAUGCCAUCAUCAACUGCUCUGGUGAGGAAGAUCCACGGGCAGGUGGUGCCAAGGUGCUGUAUGAAGAGUUACAACGGGUGAAGGCGCCCAUGCAGCCAGGUGCAAGAUUGGAUUUAGACACAGCUCACGUCUUCUGUCAGUGGCAGUGCUGUCUCCAGAUGGGGUUGUAUCUCAACCAGCUGCUGUGCACUCCUCUCCCAGAGCCAGACCUAACUCAGUUGUACAGUGGAAGCCUGGUGCACGGACUCUGCCAGCAACUGCUGGCAUCCACUUCUGCAGAAAGCCUCCUGAGCAUGUGUCCUGAGGCAAAGCAACUUUAUGAACAUCUGUUCAAUGCCACGAGGUCAUAUGCCCCAGCUGAAUUAUUUGUACCAAAGGCUCAAUCAAAUUCAAAAAAAAGGAGGCAAAAGAAAAAGGUUGCCAGCCAGUCAAAGAACAAAGUGGUAACCACUUCAGACAGCAGGCACUGGUAUGACAGAAGCAAUCGGUUUGGGCUGUUAAUGGUUGAAAGCUUGGAGGAGCACUUAGAGACCUCAGAGCUUGAAUAAACAGUCUGUAUAGCACAUGAGACUUGUUCUAACUUAAAAAAAAAAUCUGUUACCUCCCCUGAAACUAACUUUUCUUUAGGAGUUGCCUAUUAUGGGAUAAACCUUAUAACAAAUCAUCUGAAUUCCAAGAUAUUUUGUACUCUACUUUUAAUACAGCCUAAUUUAAAAAAUGUCAGUAUCACUUAUUUACUUGCAUGUGUGUUGGGGACGCAAGAGCCAUGAUACUUGUGUAGAAAUCGGAGAACAACUCAUGAGACUUAGUUCUGAUUCUAUCAUGUGGGUUCCAGGGAUCAAACUCAGGUAGUCAGGCUUAGAAGCAAGUGCUGUACCUCCUGAGCCAUCUUGCUGGCCCAGAAACAUCUAUAUUUAAGCGGAUUUUCACUCCUCAUGGUCCUUCAAAGCAAACACUAAUACUUUAUAUCCUUUAAGUUGCAAUAGCUUAGCCAACUAUAUUCUUAAGAAUAGGAAUCUCACAUAGUAAAUUACCACAAAAUCUAGUAGUGAUCGUUUCAUUAAAAAGUUUUGUUUUGUAUUUGAGAUUGAAAAGUCUGGGUCAUAUAAAAGACGGGAGGCCUAAGAGGAAGUUGGAAAUGUGGUAAAUUAGACCACAUACGACUGAUAAAAGCAUAAACUGCAACUGUAACAAUCCAUAAACACAGUAUUCUCAGCUGCUACAUCUACAACAGAAAAGAAAUGAGAAUCUCAGAUCCACACUGGACUCGAGGUCUUCCACAUGCUAGGUUUUGACAAGGGCGCCAACACUUUUUGUUUUGUUUUGAAUUUUGCUGUGAUGGAGAGCCAACCCACGCCCGGCACAUCCUAAGCAAGCAUUCUACUACUGAGAUAAACCCUCAACCACAAGCCAGCAUUUUAGAAAUCAAAGAAUUAGGAUGGAAAGUAGCAGAAUGAACAUCUCCUACUUGGUGGCUGUAAAAAUGUGUAUCUUAGCAUAUUCAAAACAGUUUCAGCUGGGAGUGAUGACACAUGUCUCAGGAGACCGAGACAGGAAGAGUGGAGGUCGGGUAACCUGAUGUUUGAGAGGUGCUAUUCUAAAACUCCUAAUACCAAUAGGUUUGUAAAGAUGCUAGCUAGUUCCAGAGCUCAGGCAAACAAGAAUUAGCAAGUAGGAUAAGUACAUUGGGGCAGAUGCCAAAGUAUACUCUAACUUGUACAGCUGUGCGUUCUCCUGCUCUAUUCUCCCACUAGUAUAUUCCAACAGUGAUAAUAUUAAUUAUGGCUGUAAGUUGCCAAUUUUAGCCUGCCCAUGUCUAGUUCUUGACAGUUGACAAUUCACUACACACUCAUAGAACUGGGCAUCAGCCAGUAAGUAUAUCCUCACAUGACUUCAAAUGUGUCCACAAAUAAUGCAAUGCUAUUUGCUCAAGUAUUUAAUCCUAAACACUAUCUUCUUUUCAAAUAUCUUAGGAGAGCAUUAUGUUCCUUAGUGGGGUUGAUUAUGUAUCUAUAAAGACUGUUUUUACUAAAAGGAUCAAGAACAGAACAUUCUUGUGCAUCCAUGUUUGGAAAGAAACAUUCCUUGCCCACAGUAGGUCUAAUGGGGAGUAUGUUAUGCCAAAGUGUUACCUUCCUUGGCUCUUAGACAUAAUGAUGUACAAAUUAUGCCAGUGUAAGUGUCCCACUCCUGGGCUAAUCAACACCACUUUUCAAAACUGCCAAUCUUGCAUGGUCUAGCUCUCAUUUUGGCAAAUAACUGGCUUAACAGGCACUAAGUAGGAAUGAAUAAGCUAGAGUUUAAUUGAAACUCAUGAGACUAAUAGCAGGCUUUUCCAUUCACUAAGAUUGUUACCACUUGUAGUCUCAGCACUCAGAAGGUUAAGUCAGGAAGGCUGUGUGCCAGUUUGAACUAUAUAGUGAAGUUGGCUGGCCUGGGCUACACAGUAAAAUAUUUUCUCAAAUUAAUUUAGGAAUGAAUGAAUGAAUGAGUAAAUAAAUAAAUGUCCCUCCUAAACACCAGUCAUUUGGUUUUCCUUUUCUUACCAUUGAUACCAGGUGCCCGGACUACAUAGUAAUUGUUUCCUCAGACAGACAGAUAAUGGAGAAAGAGAUGGAUGAUGGAUGGGUGGGUGGAUGGAUGAUGGAUCCUUUUAAACAAUAGUCAUUUGGCUUUCCUUUUCUAACCACUGAUACCAAAUGGGCAAUUCCCUUGAAAUCUGCCCAUGCAGUAAAGGAAAUAGUGUCUAGUAGUGAUUUUGUGAAAAAUCAAAAAGUUUUCCUACCCUGUUGUAUAAUUGUAUAACAGAGUAGAGGCCACAGGCACUCCACAGGACAUUCAGUGGGCUUCGCCAGACAGUAAGGACCUGGUACCAGAGUUCUAGGAGUCAUACUUGCGUAAGCUGCUUGGGAGAAAGCACACUAAGAAAUAAUGAGAACAUUUUAUCAACAGUCUUCCAAGUACAAAGAACAGACUUGACUGCUGUGUACUGAGACAAGAAGUCACCAAGGGGCACGGUUGAGUCAGGAAGAUUCACUACAUGUGGCGUUUGGCCUGGCCUUUCUUUUCCUCCCUCUUCUAUUUUCCUUUGGUUGACUGGCCUUUUAAGAUUGAAAAGAAAGAACAGGGAUGGGGCAGUGAGGGCACCUCAUAUAAAGAGAACGUGGCAUGUUCCGUAUUCCCAAAAUCUACAGAAUCCCGUGUUUUCAAUCAAGUCUUGCUCUGUCUGACUCAAUUCUAGCAUAUGAAACCUCACCUGAGGCUCUGGAUGCAUCAAGCUUCAGUUAGCAGUUCAAGUAACAAAAGGAGUUCUGGACAGCUAAGAUGAGUAAAUUUUGGGGUAAAUCUUGGUCAUGAAAAGGGUACUCAAGUGGACCUUAGUAUUUCAACUUGAAUCCUAAUUUAAAUUAA